AUGUCCGUAUACCCAGCCCAUAUGGUCUCCUCUGUGUCAACUAAAAAGUCCAAUGCAAGCUUACAUUUUGAAAGAGACAAAUUUGGUGCCGAUUGCUUCGACAACCCCAACUCCUUCAUCUCCGAGGACUAUGUUGGCUUGCAGAUAGUUAGAUGUUCCAAGCUUGUUAUUAUUGUCGGCAACUUUUAA